AUGUCCAUCUUUAACGCUUCUCGACUACUCGGAAAGACCGUCCUCGUUACAGGUGCUAGCGGAGGCAUCGGGGCUGCAACCGCAGUGCUUUUUGCGAAGGGCGGAGCCAAUGUAAUUCUUCUCGCUCGCCGAGCAGAUGCUCUCGCAAAGGUGACUGAAGCCUGCGUCGAUGCUCACAAGCAAUCGGGUCUGCAACAAGGAGGGAAAUUCGCGUCGGUGCAACUGGACGUGUCAGACCUGGACGAGGUUACUGCUCUAUGGUCCAAAGUCCCGCAGGAGCUUCGCGAUGUCGACAUCCUCGUCAACAACGCGGGCUUUGUACUCGGUGUUGAGCACGUUGGCGAGAUAUCUCGGGCCGACAUCGAGGCCAUGUUCAAGACCAAUGUGUAUGGACUCAUCUCCGUGACACAACUCUUGGUUAAGGAUUUCAAGGCUAAGCAAUCUGGUCAUGUUAUUAAUCUUGGAUCCAUCGCUGGUCGCGAGCCAUACGCAGGAGGAAGCAUCUACACAGCGACGAAGCACGCCGUCAACGCUUUCACCGGUUCCCUCCUGCGAGAGCUCGUCAACACACCCAUUCGCGUAACGGAGAUCCAGCCAGGCAUGGUUGAGACUGAGUUCUCGAUCGUUCGAUACCGGGGGGAUGAGCAAGCCGCGAAGAAGGUUUACGAAGGUCUUGACCCAUUGACUGCCGAGGACGUCGCUGAAGAAAUCGUAUGGGCUGCAUCGCGUCCCCCUCACGUCAACAUCGCUGAAACCCUCAUCUUCCCCGUCAACCAAGCAAGCGCCGGCAUCAAGUAUCAGAAGAAGUAA